AGUCAGAUGGUGAUGAUGAUGACAACUUCAGUCAGCAGCUGGUCUUACUCCUCCAAAGGAGUGUACUUUAAUUAUAGCAUCCAAUCGCCACACAACUUCUCAGGAGCAUCAAAUUUUACUGCCUGCUCCAUGGAUGAAAAAUUACUCUCCAGUGUGUUAAUAACAUUCUACUCUGUUAUCUUCAUCAUGGGGCUGGUUGGAAACAUAAUUGCCCUCUAUGUAUUCCUGGGUAUCCACCGCAAAAGAAAUUCCAUUCAGAUUUACCUACUCAAUGUAGCCAUUGCAGACCUCUUACUUAUCUUCUGCCUCCCUUUCCGAAUAAUGUAUCACAUUAAUCAGAACAAGUGGACACUAGGUGUGAUUCUUUGCAAGGUUGUGGGAACACUAUUUUAUAUGAACAUGUAUAUUAGCAUUAUUUUGCUUGGAUUCAUCAGUUUGGAUCGUUACAUCAAAAUUAAUCGGUCUAUCCAACAACGGAAGGCAAUAACAACCAAGCAGAGUAUUUAUGUUUGCUGUAUAGUAUGGAUAGUUGCUCUUGCUGGAUUUUUAACUAUGAUUAUUUUAACCCUUAAGAAAGGAGGUCAUAAUUCCACGAUGUGCUUCCAUUACAGAGAUAAGCUCAAUGCAAAAGGAGAAGCAAUUUUUAACUAUGUUCUUGUGGUAAUGUUCUGGCUAAUUUUCCUACUAAUUAUCCUUUCAUAUAUUAAGAUUGGCAAGAAUCUAUUGAGGAUUUCUAAAAGGAGGUCAAAAUUUCCGAAUUCUGGUAAAUAUGCCACUACUGCCCGGAAUUCCUUCAUUGUGCUUAUCAUUUUUACUGUAUGUUUUGUUCCCUACCAUGCCUUCCGAUUUGUCUAUAUUUCUUCACAGCUAAAUGUGUCGUCUUGCUAUUGGAAGGAAAUCGUUCACAAAACCAAUGAGAUCAUGCUGGUUUUCUCAUCUUUUAACAGCUGUUUAGAUCCAGUCAUGUAUUUCCUGAUGUCCAGUAAUAUUCGCAAGAUAAUGUGCCAGCUUCUUUCUAGACGAUUUCAAGGGGAAGCGAGCAGGAGUGAAAGUACUUCAGAAUUUAAACCAGGAUACUCCCUACAUGAUACAUCUGCCGUGGCUAAAAUUCAGACUACUUCUUAA